GAGUCAUCAUCACUCGCUAGCUCGAUCGACUCCUGUCAUUUAUUACAACGGGUUUUCUUUCUGCAUGGCUUCCUCGGCAGCUUUCUUCCUCCUCGCCGUUGCUGCUCUGCACGUGUGUUGCUGCCGCGGGCAAGGCCGUGACGGCGGCGCCGUGGCGGCGAUCUACAGCCUCGGCGACUCCAUCACGGACACGGGGAACCUGGCCAAGGAGGCGCCGCCCGGCGCCUUUGAGACCAUCAAGCACCUCCCCUACGGCGUCACCUUCGGCCGCCCCACCGGCCGCUGCUCCGACGGUCUCCUCAUGAUCGACUUCCUAGCUCACGACAUGGGCCUCCCGUUCCUCAACCCUUACCUGGCCAAGAACACGAGCUUCGACCACGGGGUGAACUUCGCCGUCGCCGGAGCCACCGCCAUGGACCCCGCCGACCAGUCCAACCGGACCUUCUCCCUCAAGCUGCAGCUCCGGUGGUUCAAGGACUUCAUGAAGUCCACCUUCGACACCGACGAAGAAAUUCGCAAAAGGCUCCAAUCUUCUCUGGUUCUGGUCGGGGAGAUCGGAGGAAAUGACUACAACUACGCGUUGUUCGGGAACAAGUCUGUCAGUGAGGUGGAGAAACUGAUCCCGGCCGUGGUUCAGACCAUCAUCGACGCCACCAAGGAAGUGCUGGACAUGGGCGCGAGCAGAGUCAUCGUCCCGGGCAACUUCCCCAUCGGCUGCUUCCCGAGCUACCUCACCGCGAUGGCCUCGCCGGAGCAGUCGGCCUACGACUCCGCGGGCUGCCUCAAGGACCUCAACCUCUUCGCCGCAAAGCACAACGCGCAGCUCCAGCGAGCCGUCGCCGGCCUCCGGUCGUCGUACCCCGACGCCGCCAUCGCCUACGCCGACUACUUCAACUCCUUCCUCAGCCUCCUCAAGGGCGCCCCGGCGCUCGGCUUCGACGAGAAUAGCACACACACGGCAUGCUGCGGCGCCGGCGGCAGGUACAACUACGACGAGAGGCGGAUGUGCGGCGUGGAGGGGACGGCGGCGUGCGCGGACCCGUCGGCGUACGUGAGCUGGGACGGCAUCCACAUGACGCAGGCGGCGUACAAGGAAAUGUCCAGGCUCAUCUACCAUGGGAGGUACCUGCAGCCGCAGAUACUCAGCUUCCCGGAGUAGAAUGGGCAGACAUGAUGAAACUGUCUGGUACUUCAUGGUGGAAGCCUCGCCGCGACAUUUUGAGCCUUGGACGAGUUCUUCCAUGAGGACUAUGUUACAUAUGCGCUCUGCGCUAUGUAUCCAGAUUAAACUGCUCCGAGCUAAAGUAAAAGUAAAGAUGCAGUUUAGCAUGUCGAGCAGGGUACACAGUUACAAACAAAGUUACAUCUCUCAAGUAAAUUGAGAGGAUUUUACAGUUGAUCUAGUACACAGUUACAAACUUACAUUUCUCUAAGUUACAAAGUUACUGCAUAAGAGUGGCUUACCCCUGGUAUGUUUGCCUCAGUUCAUGAAUCUAGCUGAGAGUACGAGGGCAAAUCUUAUAGGCAAAAA